ACAGCUACCCAAACAAGAAAUUGGGUCUCGCUGGACGAGUCCCGACAAGCGGAAAAAAAGCACCUGCUAACUCUUAAAAUGGAGGCUCUGUGCACAGCCAAGACACCAGUGGGGCCGGGGGCCUUCACAGACAUCCUAGAGGAGAGACGGCGGGGCAGUGACCUGGCCUACGCCUUGAGGACAUACACACCUCAGCCGUACAGAGGACAUCCCCUCACCACAGCCAGCGCGCUCAACCAAGCGGUGAUGGACUCCCAUUAUAUACGCUACAUCACGCAAGAGAUUGCCAGAGAGAAUGGAGAGCCCGUGGAUGUGAUCCGUGAGGAGGCGUCUGGGAUCCUGGAGGAGAUGGCCCACAACCUGCAGGUGGGCUUCAUCCGGCUCAUGGGCUACACACUCAGCAAGGUCUUCAAGAGCGUCUUCCGGAGGAUCAUGGUGAACGAAGACGCCCUGCACAAGCUGCAGGUGUGUAUUCAGGAGCAGCCGGUUAUCCUGAUGCCCAACCACAGGAGCUAUGUGGACUUCCUCAUCAUCUCCUACAUACUCUUCACCUACGACCUCUCCAUCCCCGUCAUCGCAGCUGGACUUCCUCUCAGUGGGAUGAAGCUUGUUGGAGAGAUACUGCGGCGUUCUGGUGCGUUCUUCAUUCGCCGGGCGAUCGGAACCGAUAAACUCUAUUGGGCCGUGCUGUCAGAGUACGUCAGGACAAUAGUGAAGACGGGCUAUGCACCUGUGGAGUUCUAUGUGGAGGGCCUGCGCAGCCGCACACUCAAGUCUUUAAAUCCCAAACUGGGCAUGAUGCACAUGGUGCUGGAGCCCUUCCUCAAGGGGGAGGUGUAUGACAUCAGCCUGGUGCCCAUCUCCAUCAGCUACGACCGGGUGCUGGAGGAGGCCCUGCUGGCCCACGAGCUACUGGGGGUCCCCAAGCCCAAGGAGACCACCAUGGGUCUCCUGAAAGCCAGCAAGGUCCUCCAGGAAGACUACGGCUCCAUGCAUGUGUGUUUCGGCACACCCAUCUCCGUCAGAGAGCUCGCCAAGGGGAGCAUCGACCGCUCGCAGUACAACCUGGUGCCCAGAGACUUGCCCCACAAGCCCAGCGAUGAGACCCAUGCGUUUGUGAGUGCGGUGGCCCACGGCGUGGUGCGUCUGCAGGAGAGGGGAGCUGUGCUCAGCCCCUGGAGCCUCAUGGCCAUGCUGCUGCUCCACAGCCCCACGGCGGGGGAGGAGCUCCACGAGAAGGAGGGAGGGAAGAGGAAGAGGGGCCUCUCGCUGGACACGCUGACCCAGCGCACGCUCUGGCUGCGGGGCCUGGCACUCAUGUUCGGGGCCCUCCUGGAUUGGCCUGCCCAGAUGACUGAUCAGGAGGUCCUGUCGUACAGCAUGGGCCUGCACCGCUCGGUGGUGUGCUGUGAUGGAGGCCGGGUGCGACUGCGGGAAGAGCAGGAGCAGCAGCAGGAGGAGCAGCAGGAGGAGGCUGGUGAUGAUGAUGGUGAUGGUGAUGGUGUUCAGGAGGAAGAGGAGAAGAUGAAGAUGAAGACGAAGAGGAGCCCCGCGUCACCAGAGGAGGCACUGCUGCAGAGGGCCGCCGUGGUACUCAUGUGCGCCUCCUACAGGAACCAGGCGGUACACGUGUUUGUGCGGCCGUCGCUGGUAGCUGUGGCUGUGCAUGUCACAGUCAGCAGAAGAAAAGAGGACGUCUUCACACACUUUAGAUUCCUGCAGGAGCUUCUGUCCCAAGAGUUCGUCUUUAUACCUGGGAUGGCUAAUCAAGACUUUGAGGAGGGCUGUUCCCUGCUGGUGAGGUGUGGUGCUCUGCAGCUCAGGGACCAGGAGCUACUCCUGCUGACAGAAACAGAAGAGGGGGCCCCACACACGGCCUCCUUCCUCAGGGCCGUCCUUCAUCCAUUCAUAAAGACCUACCAGGUGGUGAUCCAGUAUUUGACGGAAAACAGUGGCCGAGGCAUCACGGAGAGGCAGUACAUACCAGCAGUCCGCUCCUACACCCUUAAACUCCUGCUCGCAGGCGAGCUGGACACCUAUGAGGCACUGUCCUCCGACACGCACAAGAAUGUUCUACAUGCCCUUCUGAGGAUGGAGGCCGUCACCAAAGCAAAAACGGGUGACCAGGGUGAGUUUAAAGUCGACAAAGGUGCCAUCCAGAGAAUUGGAGACAUUUUAGCAGGGAGGAUACCGCCUCAAUCAGCAGCAUACUCCAGACUGUGAAAACCAUUUGAGACGACAUCAAAAAUGGCUGAAGUGAGGCUGUGGGUGCAUUCCAAUAUGCUACCUUGCGUCCUCCACCUUGCUUGUGGCCUCGCCUCGCCUCCUGGCUCCACAAACAAUUAAGUUUCCCCGCUGUCGGCCUAGCCAAAACAAUUUUUGGGGGACGUUCUUCAUUCACCAUCCAGUUUGCAAACGGCAAAAUGACUUUACAAUUGAGCUUUUGCAAGAUAUUGAAAUACAAUGCUGUGUCAGUGAUGUCAUCAUGACAUAUUACUUCCUGGUACAAGGCCACAAGUGCAAGUGGAGGACGCAAGGUUGCAUAUUGGAAUGCACUCUGUGUGAAUGCGCUGUACUGAAAACUACUGUAGUAGAAUAUUCUGAAUUAAUUAGUAUCUACCUCCUCCCACCAUUUACGCAUCACAUAACCUGAUGUGCCUCAGUCAAACCAAUCUGUCUUACAACACUACCUUCAUUCAAAGAAAAGCAGUAGGGUAUAAUGACAGAAAAAUAUUUUAGAGAGCGUAACAGGUCAUUAGUGUAUGUAGUAGACCUACUUUCAAAAAAGAUAUACGUUUGCAGAACUGUAUUAGGCAGUGGCUUUCUCGUCAUGCUUUUGCACAUCACCAUCCUUAAAGGGGUAUGCCACUAUUUUGGGGCUUAAUACAGUUAAAAUCGUUGG